AUGUGGACCUUACAGUCGUUUCUAGUCGUAAUUGCGGCACUGGGCUCCGGCUCACUUGCGCAAACGGACCAGGUGCGACUAGGGCCUCCUCUCGAGCCACCAACUCAUCUUUCAACUCAAGCAGUGGUUCGAGAGGCUGUUUUGAACAUUACAAACUUACUCAACAAUGCCAUUCUCACUGGAGAAAGCCAAUAUGGCAGCUUCAACAGCUGCACGACAUCUUUUUCCUUGACUGCUGUUGCGCAGCAAGACUCUGCCCCCAUAAUUGACUUCCAUCACACAUCUGGCUUUCUCAAUGUAUCUGCCGGAAGCACGUCGAGGGUGACGGCUGAUACAGUCUAUCGAAUCGGCAGCGUGUCAAAACUCUUUACCGUUUACUCCCUGCUCCUGAACAACGGUACCAGCUACUGGAAUCGCCCUGUCACCGAUUUUGUACCAGAACUGCGCCAAGCUGUUCAACACUCAUCACGCAAAUUGUCGGUUAUCGAUUCUGUUCAAUGGGAUCAAGUCACGGUUGGUGCUCUUGCAUCGCAGCUUUCUGGCAUGGGACGAGAUUAUGGUUCAGCAGAUUUAUCGGUUCAAGAUUUCCCCGUGACAGAGCUCGGGCUUCCUAUUCUCCCUCCUCAAGAUAUUCCUACUUGUGGUAUAAAUGAUGGCCAAUUACCAUGUGCGCGCAAUGGUAAGAAAUACUUUUCAGGUUUGAUCCAGAGACACCCCGUUUUCCCAUCAUACUCAAAGCCUUUGUAUUCCAAUGCGGCCUUCAGGAUUCUCGCAUACGUACUUGAAGAAAUUACUGGGAAGUCGUACGAUGAAGUAGUCAUGAAUGAGGUUUUUGAGCCGCUAGGCAUGAAGCAUUCAAGUUCACUGCCACCAUCUGGCAAAGGGGCUGGUGUAAUUCCUGACGGAGAUGCAGGAUGGAAUAGAAAUUAUGGUGAUGAGGUUGCCACUGGCGGCCUCCUUUCUUCAACAAACGAUCUGGUUAAAUUCGGACGCGCAAUAUUCGCCAACAAACAACUCAGCUUCAUGGAGACACUUCGCUGGAUGAAGCCCGCUUCGUUCACAACUUCGCCAUCUCUCUCCAUAGGCGCGCCAUGGGAAAUUGUGCGAACUCGAAGCGGCAUCACGACUGGCCGCCUCGUUGAUCUCUAUACCAAGUCUGGUAGCGUCGGUGUCUACAACUCGCUACUUAUUCUUAUCCCCGAUUAUCAAGUUACCUUGGCCAUUCUCGCUGCUGGACCUGACAGUGGUGCAGCAUUGCAAGUUGCCACCGAGAUCGCGAUUCAAACACUUGUCCCUGCGCUGGAAAAGGCGGCGAAAGAAGAGACAUGCAACAAGCGCUGUGGAAAAUACGCACCGGCAGGCGCUGAGAACACUUCAUCCCUUGUCAUCACUGUCGACGACGGACCUGGUCUGCUACUCAAAGAGUGGACUCAUCAGGGCCACGACAUCAUUGCCGCCGGACAGGCUUACGCGAACGCCACACGCAGCGGCAUUAUCAAUUCUGUGAGACUGUUUCCUACAGGUUUGCAGACAGAGAAUCAGGCUGCGUAUCGGGCGCUAUUCGAGACGGUUCCGAGCCAAUACAAUCCAUCAGUCCAUAUGGUGUUUGAUCCAGCGGCAGGGAUCUGGGGGACGCCGGAUUCGCUCAUGUAUGGGGAGAUCGCGGUAGACGAAUUUGUGUUUCAUCUUAACGCCGGGGGCAGUUCAGCUGCAGUUGAGCCGCGGGUGCUGAGAGAGGUCUAUAACAAAGUAUAG